AUGAGUAAUACUAAUGAUUCUCAUAAAAAAAGUACAAGUGUUCUAGAAAAACUUGGACAAAAAUUUUCAAAUAUUAAAGAAGAUAUUGCUGAUAAUAUCGAACGUCGUAAGCAUUCUCAUAAUAAUAAUAAUAAUAAUAAUAAUAAUCAAAUACAUUCUACAACGCGGACCAAUAUGACAGAUGAAUCAUUAGUCAUUGAAAAAAAACCUCCAAUAUCAAAUGAAAACCAAUCGUCUAAGAAAUACGGUGAUGAUAAUUCAAAUACAGAACCUAUGUAUUCAAUAUCACGAUUGGCAAUGAAUUUUGGAAAAAAACAAACAAAUGAUACAUUAAUUGCUGCAACAGCUGGUAUGGUUCAUAAUGAUUCAUUUCGUUUAUCACAAGAUAUAUUUUCAACGGUUAACUCUGAACAAGCAAAAGAUAUGAUACUGAGUGAUGUACGUCAUGGACUUUAUCGUAUUCAAAGUCGAGCACCAAGUGAAACUACUCUUGAAGAUACUACUAUAAAUAAAAUAGAUACUCUCGAUUCGACAACAAAACCUACAACUGUACGUAUUGAUCAAAAUGCACGAAAAUCAACAAUAUUAUUAGCUGGACCAAAAUUUCGUUAUCAUACUGUUGAUCCUGAAAUACAAUUAAUGCGAAAUACAAUAUAUCCCGUUUCGGCUGCUGUUGGAUUUUUUACAUUACUCAUAACAUUAUGGAAACCAAUUUCAUCAUUUUGUAGUGGAUUUUUAGUUGGUUUUAUGAUCAUGACAGCUAUUGCUUAUAUUAUAAUACGAAUAUAUACAAAUGCUAAAGCUGAUGAAAGUGUUGUUCAUGAAUGGAUUGAUUUUCCUGACUUAGAAAAAUUUCAUCAAGACAAAAUAUCUAAAGAAGAUAAACAUACAACUUUACAUACAUGUGGAGAAAUUAUUUUUGGUCGAUAUGAUGCUGAUCGUGAUGAUGAUUAUGUUCGUUAUCCAGUUGUUAUUUGUCUUGAUAAUUAUCAUCUUACCAUUCAAUUACCAACACAAGCUAAAGAAGAAAAAUAUAAAGAGAAAGAAAUUAGAUUUGUUGGACAUCGAGAAUAUUUUAUCAAAGAAGCCAAUUUAAUGCUUGUUCCUGAAGCAACAAUGGCUCGUAUAAAAUAUUGGGUUAAUGAAUAUCCAAUUAUAAUACAUGAUUUAAAAAUAUUAGACAAACAAGUUUAUAAUCAAGAAUAUUUAGAAAAAUCAAAAUUUGAUACUGAUGAUUUUUUUAAUAAUUCUCAAACAAUAAUAAGUCUCUUUCUUGAUACUGGACCUGAAAAAGAAAAUUGGUUUCAUAAAUUAUCACUAGUAAUACGUCAAGGUAAAGUAGAAAUUGAACGAGCUAAUCUUGCAUUAAUUGGCGCACCAUCAGCACCUCCACUUAAUGCAACAGUUGAUUCUCCAACUAUAAAAAUGAUUGCACAAAGUAUUCCUGAUACACAAAUUCCAGUAUUAGGUUCACGUGCAGCUGAAAUGCAAGCAAAUACAGUUAAUCUUGAUGAACGUUUUCAAAUGAAGCCAGCUGAAACAGUUGGUCCACCAUAUCCAGAUACAACAUCAACAGAAAAAGGCGAUACCGAAAUACUUCGUAGUCAAAUAAAUGAAGCUGAUAUUCGUAGUGAUAUGGCACAAGCUCGUCUUACUGCACAAGAAUUACGAAAUGAAACAUUAGAAAAAGAAAAAGAUAAAGAUAAAAAAGUGAACGAUAAAGAUGUAGAUAAAGAUUCAAUAAGUUCACAUCAUACAGCAUCAUUAAAAAAGAAAUUUCGUAAACAAGAAGAAAAUCUUGAACGUUUACUUGAUUCACCUGAUUGUCUUGAUGAAGCAGCAAUAACAUUAAAUUUUCUUGCACGUCGACUUUUUUGUGAUGUUUUUGAAGAACCAUUAUUUAAAGAUUUAAUGAAAGAAAAAAUUGAACUUAAAUUAAAAGAAAUUGCUGUAAGUGUACUUGAAGAUCUUCAUGUUGAAAAAAUUGAUUUAGGAAAAACAUUUCCUAUUAUACUGAAAGUUGAACCAAUGCAAUGGAAUGCCAAAGGAAUUUGGUUUAAUCUAUUCUUUUUUUAUCGAGGCAGCUUGAAAAUAACAAUUAAGACACGUCUAGUCCUUCAACCAUUACUCAAUUAUAAUCCUGAUUAUGAUCAACCAAUGUAUGCUCAACAUCAUUCAGCACAAACUGUUCAUAGAGAAGACAAAAAACUUGAUGAUGAUGAUCUUUUACAAAGACAAAAAUUAUUAGCGAAAGAACCAGAAAUACCUGAAAAUGCUGCAGCACGUAAAUUAGGUACUUUAUUAACAAAAGUUGCUACAAACAAACAUUUUCAACGAUUUGCGGCUUUAAAACCAGUUGCUGGUGUUAUUGAAAAAUUAUCGAAUUCUGAAAUUGGUGCAAAUGUUGAAUUAACUAGUUUUAGUGGUAUUAUGACUAUUAACAUUCCACCACCACCAAGUGAUCGUUUAUGGAUUGGUUUUCCUGAAAUGCCUGAUCUUAGUCUUAAAGUAACACCUGUAGUUGGUGAAAACAAAUAUUCAUAUUCAUUAAUUCAUGAUUUUCUCGAAGCACGUAUUCGUGAUGAACUUAAACGUAUGGUUGUUCUUCCAUCCAUGGAUGAUCAAUUAUUACCAUUCUUUCGUGAUUGGGUUAUUGAUGUUAUUGGUGAAAUAGCAUCAAAACCAGGAAAUCCAUUAAUUGAUAGUUAUAAAAGUCAAACAUCAUUUCGAGAUAAACUUCAAGAAUAUAAAGAUAUUAAAGAAUUGAAUCGUGCUGAUUCAUCAUUAUCUGAAUCAACGAAAUCAAAUUCAACAUUAUCAGUACAAAUGGAUACAAUAAAAGCUUAA